CACAAAGCCCUUUAUUGAGGCUCUGGCGUGACGCGGGGAGCCCCACACUCGGCGCCCGCCGCGAGCGGGAAGGAGGCGUGUGCCCGCGGCGCGGCCCCGAGGCGUGUGCGCGGCCAUGUGCGGUUAGCGCGGCGCGCUCUGUCCUUUCCCCGGCCGCGACGCUCUGGGCCCCUCGAGUCCGGGUAACCAGGCCGCCGGCGCCGGCUCGCUGGGACCCGCCACCCUGGAAGCCCCGCGCCCGCAGCGCGUUCCUGGCGAGUCGGAGGCAGGGUAAAGUGAACAGAGUUAUCUGUGACAUUCCAUCAGGCACCUAUGUAAGGAAGUCGUACUGUAAUAACUCGCCAUGGCGUAUGGAUUGCCAAGAAAGAACACAGUGAAAACCAUUUUGCGGGGCAGUUGUUAUAAUGUACAGGAACCUUGGGAUCUUGCACUGCUUGCAAAGAACUGGUACACAAACCUAGCCAAUAUCAAGUUGCCUUUCUUGGAAGAAAUUUCAUUUGGUGGUUCUGUGCAGCUCACAAAAUGUAACACCAUUAAAGAUGGACUGCUCCUUUCUGCAGAAUCCAUCAAACUCGAAAGGGAGUAUGAAGUGAAGCGUCUUUGUAAACUGAAAUGUCAAGAAAAUACAUCUGAGGAAAUUAAGCUUCUCCUGAGGGAAAGGCCAGCCGGUUUGAGAAGACCUCUUCCAUCUAAAUGACAGUCAGCUCAUGACUGAAUCUGUACUCUGUCUCUUGCAUCCAAAGGGGAUGAAGGUCCCUGGACAUUUCACUGUGUAAAGUUCGGGGCAGAUAUUUGAAUGCCCACUGGUGGAUGGGCCACUGCCCACAACUGUGGGUUAAUGGCCAGCUCUGACAGAUCUUCUGAGUCCCUGACAUACUCUUUCUUGUUCCUUGUAUCACAAGCUACAGCACUGUAAGUAGAUGAAAA